AUGACUGCCACGGCGCUCGCAUGUUGCCUCCUCGCGACGGUGGCUGUGGCGCCCGCGGCGGCUCUCUCAUUGUUUCGGCCUGGGACGGCAAAGGCGAACAGCGAAAAUCCAGCGCAGUCUGCGACCGACGCCAUGCACCAGGCCGACAGGUCUGAGGGGAUGCGUAACACCAUCAACGAGAUCGAGAAACGCGCAGACGGCACCUCGGGCGUCACGCUGCUUCGCGCCGUCGACGAGAUAGCAACUCGCACGGACGCUACAAAGCAGGCCUUGGUGGAUGCCGCAGUCGAGAUCGCCAGCCAACCGAUGCACGUCUUGCAACUCGGCGUGCCAGUGAUCGCCCAAAAAGCCAAGAUCGCCACGGACACGUUCUCGAAGGCAAUGUCCGAGUCUAUUCAGAUGUUAGGAGAGGGUGAUGUCGCUGGAGCUCUCAAGGUAGCAUCGACCGCCAUCGCAAAGUAUCAGAAGACGAAUGAUGAUCUUGAUGAAAGUACGUCGGCGGCAGCUUGGAGAGCGGUUGGCAUUUUGGCGGUCUUUCUGUUGAUAGGACUCGCGUGGACUGCAGAGUUAUUUUUGGCGAGGGGGGGGCAGCAGGAUCCAGAACAGAAGGACGAUGAAGAGCUCGUCGUGCGAGGCAGGACCUGCCUUGCUGCAUUGGGCUUCACUCGCUACAUAUUCUGCUGGCUGGCGGUUGCGAACAACUUCCACAAUCCGGGGCGCCAGAAUUAUUCGGUCGCAGGAGCUUUUACCAUUCUCGCGAGGUGGGGGGGCCUCGCGUGGCCAUGGUUCUUCGUGGUCAGCGGAUUCUCCAACUCGCUUUCGAAGAUAUUGGGGCCAGAUCCAAACCGGCAAGAGGAUUGGUUGGCCGCGACAUGCAAGCGCGUGUCCACUUGGUAUCCUUUUUACGCCAUGGCCCUUACCGUGUGUGCGGCUCGCGCGUGGACAGUGAAUGCAGAGGACUGGUGCCACUACCUCGGGAACAUGGUGCUCAUCAACGGUCUGAUCUGGUCGGAACCGUCAUUCCCUUAUGCGUUGGUGGGGCAGUGGCUGUCAUUCUUGACCGUAUAUCUGAUGGGAUGGUCUCAGAUGCACCAGGUGAUCAACUCCGAGAGCUACGUUGUCUGGACGUUAUUGAGCAUCGCCUGCUUGAUUGCUAUCCCGUCAGCUGUCAUGGAAUGGUAUCCGUCUGCCUGCGGCGAGUCCCACUGA